CCAUAGUCUGCAGUGUUUUCCGGCUUUGCCAGCACACACAGGAACGCAAAUGUUUUUCUUGUGCACCCUCAGGCACCUAACUAAUACGCCCUACCUCAAAUCACAAAACUUGGGGAUGCUGUUGGUGAUUUUUUAAAAAAACAUACCAGAGAAAUCUUGAAAAGAAGCUUCUGAGAGAAUUCAAGAAAUCCCAGGGAGCGCCAGAGAAACGGAACGAUGAAAAAUCAGGUACUGUUUCCCUUCUUGCUGUCUUUGUUCUGCGGGGCCAUCUCCCAGCAGAUCUACUACUCGAUUCCUGAGGAGCUGGCCAAGGGUUCCCGAGUGGGGAACCUAGCCAAGGAUCUGGGGCUUAGUGUUCAGGAAUUGCCAGUCCGAAAACUGCGGGUCAGUGUAGAGGAUUAUUUCAACGUUAGUGCAGAGAGCGGGGAUUUGUUGGUGAGCGGCAGGAUAGAUCGAGAGAAGAUUUGUGCAAGGAAAGCUGAGUGUGCUCUAGAAUUCGAAACCUUCACUGAAAAUCCAAUGAGUGUUUUCCACGUGACUGUUAAAAUCCAAGAUAUUAAUGACAAUGCACCACAUUUCAUUGCAAAAAGCAUUGACUUAGAAAUCUGUGAGUCAGCCUUGCCGGGAGUAAAAUUUCCCCUGGAUUCUGCACAAGAUGCAGAUGUAGAAGCGAAUUCACUGAAGAUGUAUACUAUCAACUCCAAUCAAUACUUCUCUCUGUCAACCAAGGAAAGUCCUGAUGGAAGUAAAUAUCCAGAAUUACUGCUGGAAAAACCUCUAGACAGAGAACAUCAGACCUCCCAUCGCUUAAUACUGACUGCUGUGGAUGGCGGGGACCCCCCUCUAAGCGGCACCACCCAGAUUCAGAUCCAAGUCACUGAUGCCAAUGAUAAUGCUCCUGUGUUCAGCCAGGACAUCUACAGAGUCAGCCUCCGAGAAAACGUGCCCCAGGGAACUUUCGCGCUGCAGGUGAUGGCCACAGACCAAGAUGAGGGCGUUAAUGCAGAGAUCACUUAUGCCUUCCUCAAUGCCCCAACAAGUACCAGCCUCAUUUUCAUUCUCAAUCCAAAUACUGGCGCCAUCACAACCAAUGGUACUUUGGAUUUUGAAGAGACAAGUAGAUAUAUGUUGGGUGUAGAGGCCAGGGAUGGAGGUGUGCACACGGCUCACUGUAAUGUUCAGAUCGAAAUUGUUGAUGAGAAUGACAAUGCCCCAGAGGUGACUUUCAUGUCAUCUACUAACCAGAUUCCAGAGGACUCAGAGUUAGGAACCAUAAUAGCCCUCAUUAAAGUGCAGGACCAGGAUUCUGGGCAAAAUGGUCUUGUGACUUGCCAUAUUCAGGAAGCAGUUCCCUUUAAAUUAGAAUCCACUUCCAAGAAUUAUUACAAGCUGGUGAUUGACAGAAGGUUAAACCGGGAGGAGACUGCAGAGUACAAUGUCACCAUCACAGCCAUCGAUAGGGGCAAGCCACCCCUCUCUUCCAGGACAAGCAUCACCCUGCAUAUCGCUGACGUCAAUGACAAUGCACCUAUUUUCCACCAGGCCUCCUACAUAGUCCACGUGGCAGAGAACAAUUCCCCUGGCAUUUCCAUAGCGCAGGUCAGCGCCUCUGACCCCGACUUGGGGCCCAACGGAAGCGUUUCCUAUUCCAUCAUAGCAAGCGACCUAGAUCCAAAAGAGCUGUCGUCCUACGUGUCGGUGAGCUCGCACAGUGGAGUGGUAUUUGCGCAGCGCGCCUUCGACUAUGAGCAACUGAGAACUUUCCAGCUGACGCUGCAGGCUCGAGACCAGGGCUCGCCCGCGCUCAGCGCCAACGUGAGCCUGCGCUUGUUGGUGGGCGACCUCAACGACAACGCGCCGCGGGUGCUGUACCCCGCGCUGGGACCCGACGGCUCCGCGCUCUUCGAUAUGGUGCCUCGGGCGGCGGAACCCGGCUACCUGGUCACCAAGGUGGUGGCGGUGGACGCUGACUCCGGACACAAUGCCUGGCUGUCCUACCACGUGCUGCAGGCCAGCGACCCAGGACUCUUCAGCCACGCGGCCCGACAGCGCCUGUUGGUGGCUGUGCGAGAUGGAGGGCGGCCACCCCUCUCCGCCACCGCCACGCUGCACCUGGUCUUCGCUGAUAGCCUGCAAGAGGUACUGCCAGACCUGGGCGAUAGUCCUGCGCCCUCUGACCCCCAGGCCGAGCUGCAGUUCUACCUGGUGGUGGCCCUGGCCCUGAUCUCUGUGCUCUUCCUGCUCGCGGUGAUUCUGGCGGUCGCCCUGCGCCUGCGAAGUUCCUCCAGCCUCACCAGAGAGGGCUGCUUUCAAUCUGGUCUCUGUUCAAAGUCUGGACCCGUUGUUCCUCCCAACUACAGCGAAGGGACAUUGCCCUAUUCCUACAACCUGUGCGUUGCCACGCAUUCUGCAGAGUUUAAUUUCCUCAGCAAGGCACCAGAAAUGGCUCCCCCCCAGGAUCUCUUGUGUGAUGACUCUUCUACUGUCGCAUGUGCCAGUGACGAAGCUCCCCAAAUCUCUUACGGCUCUUCUUUUUCCACUCAGCAACUUAUGAGUCCUUUGACCAUAGUGAAAAACACAUUUAAUCUAUUCUCUGAAGGCCUGAAGAUUUAG